AAAAUAAUCGGACAUGGGGUUGGCGGCAGCUUGAUGCAGGCCCACUGGCACAGGCCCAUGGCCCCGCGCCGUUACGAUUGGGUUGGACCGUUGGACGUGCCAUUGCCGACCGAGCCUGAAAUCGUUCUAUCCUCGCCGCCGCCGCCGCCGCCGCCGUUUGUUAUCGCUCGGAGUUUCUCCGUUCCCGUCUCUCCGGCCGCUGCAGGUACGCCUAGCAACGGCGUCAAUCGCUUCCUCCCAACCCGCAGGUUAUCAAAUACGGUGAACCUUGUGUUCCUGUGAAAUUUUGCAGCUCAUUAUACAUUGAAGGCAGAAAGUCAUUCUCCAAUCUGAAGGCGAAACAAGGUGUGCACAUAUAUGUUCUAGAGGAUAAAGUUCACUGAGCUGCUGUUGGGCAUUGGAGAGCCCAGUUGUGGUUCUAUGCCUGAAAGGAAUUCUUUGUAAUUUUCUCCUGUAUCUGGUUCUGUUAUCAUCAUUAUUUUCCUGGUGUGGGGCAAUCAUGUCAGAGAGCGAGUUAGCAGUAAUAAAACCAGAGGCAUUGAAAACUUAUAUCUGGCUUCAGUGCUUUGAUGGCUCCAUACAACAAGUGGAGGAAGAAGUUGCCAUGUUCUGCCCUAUGAUAUGUCGGGAAAUAAUGAAAAAUGGGACAGGGUCAUCUAAGAAUCAUGCUAUAGUUCUACCGGAAAGAGUUAAUCCGGCAAGUUUGAGUUUGAUUCUUGAUUAUUGUCGGUUUCAUCAGGUCCCUGGGCGCUCAAACAAGGAGCGGAAGUCAUUCGAUGAAAAGUUUGUCAGGAUAGACACAGAAAAACUGUGUAAGUUGGCUUCUGCAGCCCUUGGUCUGCAGUUAAGGCCACUAGUUGAUCUUACUUGUGGAGCACUUGCUCGAAUCAUUGGAGGAAAAACACCUGAUGAAGUUAGAGAUAUUUUCCAUUUACCAGAUGACUUAACAGAGGAAGAGAAACUGGAGCCACUAAAAAAUUUAAAUGAUGAUCCUACAAUUCGUUUAUUGAACCGAUUGUAUGCAAAGAAGCGGAAAGAACUGCAGGAACGCCAGAAACUAAAGGAUGUUCAAACACAAGAAGAACAAAAAGACGAGAGAUCUUUGGAUGAGUUACUUUGUUUUAUAAAUGGAGAUGGAGAUUCCAGAGGUGGGAAAGCUUCUAAGAGUAAGAAAAAGAAUAAAAGAAGGAAAGAUCAAGCUAAGAAUCCCACAAAAGCGAACUCCGAACCUGUAAAUAAGGAGGGAGCUUCCUGUGUGGUUCCGUGCAAAGCAGAUAAUGGUAACAUUUCUAGGCAUCCUUGCCAAAGUCAAAAUUUGCAAGAUACCGAGUACCCCUUCGACAAUGCUGACCUUGACGAUGGACUUGAUCCUGCAAUGAGGGAGGAGAUUGAUAGAGAAGUGGCCGACUUCGAGAUGAAGUUGAAGCUAGCUUGGACCGAAAGAAUGAGUUUGGAGCAGGACCAACAAAUGGAGUCACAUGUUGAUACGCGGUGGUAAUGGUUCUGUGGUGGGAAUCUCUGUUAGGGCUAGUUUGGAAACACUAAUUUCCCAUGGGAUUUUCAUUUUCCCAAGGGAAAUUAGUUCAUUUUCCCUUGGGAAAAUGAAAAUCCCAUGGGAAAUUAGUGUUCCCAAACUAGCCCUUAGUUUUUUUCCGAAUAGAAUUUUCUUGAUGAGGUUUUCUUUUGCUGUUAGAGUCGGCAGAAAACCUUAGGCAGGAAGGAGUUUUGGUCGAGAGGUACAGGAUGACAUUGCGAGGUGCUAUUGUCAUAUGCUGUGAUUUGUAUGUACCCUGCUCUUCAAGAAAGUAGUGCCCAACCAUGUUACUGUUACCCCCCAAAGAAAGGUGGGUGACUUUGUUAGUGUAAAAACCAGAAGUUUUGAAUCUAUGUAUGUUCAUUAAUUUUGACAGGAACUCUUAUCAUUAUGAAAUGAAUAAAAGGGAAAAUGAUGUGUUGUUGGAA